CGUUUUUGCAUAAACCGGUCAUGCUUUCACCGUGAACACAACCAUUUCAAAGGUAGGAAUACACUGCUGGUGGAUCUACUGAUCUCGUGUCAGUCGUCAGUGCAGGAUCGCGUCUUAAUGCGGUUACACAUGUUUGAGGGAAGCUUGACGAAACCAAGGUCAUAUUAGGGUGUGAGACGAACCCGAUAUAUUAAACAUGGUCUUGUGCUUUGGGGAGUCUUUGUCAAAAAUUUCGUGACGACCAUGCCUCAAAUAUGAAACAUAUACGGAAGGUCCAAGUAGUUUCUUUGUUGCACCUGUGAUAGAUUACUGGUAUUGUAUGCGACUAAAUAUAAGUGACAAUGCAUCCUAGAAGAAGGCAUAUACGACCUGUGAACGUUGUAACCACGGCAACGGUACAACAACGGGCAAACAAUCAAAAAUUCAAAUACGUACGUGCUGGGGAUACGCAUGCAAGGAAUGCCUACAAACAGAAGAUGAUGAAACAUGAAGCAAGAAAACCUCCAGAUACCAGAGCAGUAAUGACAGUGCCUCUCCAGGCCAAAGACAGUAAAGCACACGAUGCAAGGAUCAGCUUUACAUCGGUGCCUUAUUAUUCCCAAAGAAAUGAUCCCACGCUUUCGGGAAAACAGUAUUCCAGGCAACCCUUGAAGGCAGAACUACAGCACGGUUUGCAAUACACAGAGACAGUCACGGAGCAGAUGGAUGAUAGGUUAGAUGAGGAGUCCUUGGCUUCCCGUGUACACCAGAUAUAUGAAUUCUCCCUUGUGGAUGAAGACCAGCCUCGAUCGAGAUCUGUGACUCCUGUUUCACGAGGCCCCCAAACCCUCACUGACUCAGGAUUUAUCACCAGUGAUGCCAUCUCUUUCACAUCCCCCUGUGGACGAUCGACGCCCAAUAGUGAAGUGGGCCAAGUGCCAAUUCCUCAUGGGGAGGUUGAUGAAAGUGAAGUAAAAGAAAAUCAGACGUUUGUCCAGAGAGUGGUUUACGCAGUUCCUGAAUGCAUACGAAGACUUAAGUUACACUACCAAGCCCGUAAAAUGCAACAGAUGGACAAUGAUGACGACACAUCUCAGGAACCCAAGGUCGUCAAUAAUAAGGAUCGGUAUUAUGGUUCCUACUCUAAUUGGACUAUGAGAAAACCAUCGCCUGUGCCCUACCUUCGAGAAACAGACUGCAGCUCAAUUGGGGCAAAGUCAACAAUACGUAGGACAAUGGCAGACACUGUUACGAAACUGGCAGGGCUUGUGACGAAGAGGGCACAUGACAUACAUGAUGAAGACGGCAAAGUUGUGUCGCCCGGAGACUGUGUCUGGAUCAGUAAGACCUACUUAACAACAGCUAUAUAUGUCGGAAAACAAACGGUCAUAAGAUGUGUUGGAAAUGGAAUCGUAAAGGAAAUGAUUGAUCCCUUUUCAACACUGUGGAAAGCAACGUUUACUAAGGGAUACGUGACCAUACAGUCCAAACAGGACAUCGUGAUCGCCGCUAAGAUGCAGCUUGGAGACAGCUUUAUCGGGACGAAUGAUGAGUUCAUAGUGAACUGCCUCACUAACCUCGAUUCUUUAGAGGCUUACGAAUUAGGAUUCCGACUUCACGAUGCAACUGGUCAUGAGACUAAUUUCAGCAUGCCGGAACUGUUUUAGAAAAUAACGUUAUCAAGAUAUGACUUUACCUACUUUACACGGUACUGUCAAUGUGUGUGUGUGUGUGUGUGUGUGUGUGUGUGCGUGCGUGCGUGCGUGCGUGCGUGCGUGCGUGCCUGCGUGCCUGCGUGCCUGCGUGCGUGCGUGUGUGUGUGAUACAUUUUUUUAUUUGAUUUUAUCUGCUCGCCUGACAGAAUGUCAAGUGAGCGAAAAGGUCGUCGUCUGUCGCCUGUCGUGUGUCGCCCGUCGUAAACAGAUUUACAUGUUUGUUCCCGCCAAUGAUAACUCCCCGAUGUAUUCAAGAUGUUCAAAUCCGAUUUUCAAUAUGGCCGCCAUGGCAGCUAUUUUUAUAGAAUCUAUUUAUGACCAUUUCACAUGCUUAUUUCCGCCAUUGAGGACACAUGAACAUGAUUUUCAAUAUUACUGAAAAACGUACAUGUAUUUGUUAUCGUUAUUAGGCCAUAUUUUUCAAAAUGGACAGAAAUUUGGUGUCCAGUUCUUUCAGAUAUUUUGAAUUUUGACCAUUGACCUUUGCACUUCGACCACCCUGAAAGAUGAAACGUCUUAUAGUCAUUACCCAACCAUUUCUGUUCAAAAUGGAGUGAGUGAGUGAGUGAGUGAGUGAAUGACUGAGUGAGUGUGGUAUUACGCCGCUUUUGGGGAAUCGAACCCGGGCCUUCCGCGUGAACGCUUUAACCACUGGGCUACCCCACCGCCCCUCAUGUAAUAUGUCAAUAUGGCGCUGGACCAUAGUGAAUUGAAAUUUGAUACAUGUAUAGUUAGUAAUGGAGCUCAACAUGUAUGUCCUGGUGUUUUUCGAUAUUUAUAAUUUUGUCCUCAUUUUGACCAUACUCUUAAAUCAGUUUAGAGGCAUGUUGGCUCAAACUUCUCUCCUGACAGACAGACUGGUGAAGCUGUAGUGUGGCAUAAUCCUUCUGAUGACAUCAUAUUGUGUUCGGGGGCACAGGUGGUCCAGUCGUCUAAGGCGCUGCAGUUCUCUGUACAGAGUUGCGUCCCUUGGGCACGCCAGAAACCUAUGACUGUGGGUUCGAAUCCCGGUUCGCCCCGAUUAUGUUU